AUGGCGUCCGAGUCGCGGCUCUUCAAGAUAUCAGGCGAGAGCAAGGAGCACCUGAGAAAGUUCCGCCUGACGACGUCGCGGUCCCAGGAGCCCCAGGCAGUCAUAUACAUGAUUGACAAGAACACCCACGAGAUCCGCCAAGACGAAGACAAGACGGUGUACAAGUCCCUCGAAGAGCUCGGCGAUGACUUGCCAGAUCACACGCCCCGUUAUGUGCUGAUGAGCUACCCCCUGACGCUGCCCGACGGUCGGAUGUCCGCGCCAUACGUGAUGCUAUACUAUCUGCCCAUUACAUGCAACGCUGAGAUGCGCAUGCUGUACGCCGGCGCCAAGGAGCUCAUGCGGAAUACUAGCGAGGUAGGUCGAGUCAUCGACAUCGAGUCAGUCGAAGACCUGGAGGAGAUUCCAGAGAAGCUUAGGUCCGGGUAA